AUGAGGCUGAGGAGCACUGCGGGAGACCCAGAAGCCCACCUGCGCAGUACGUUAUUCCACCCGACUGGAUGCCUUGACUGCCAGCUCAUCAGGCCGAAUUUGUUGCUACAUCAUCGCCUGAUACUCAGACUGUUCCGUGCGUUCGGCGACUCGCUUGGAGAGGCCGCUGGACAUUCCGAGGGACAUAUCCUCACAUUGUCGUCGCAUCUGCCUCCAGAACUUGCCUCCGCGGUGCAUCGCCAACCUCACCGUACCCUUGACGAGACCUACGACGUUCACGACUCUUCUACGUUUACGACCCAACGGCAGCAACGCCAGCAGCAGGCUGCUCCUAAUCCUGCUUCUAAUCCAACUAAUUACCCGCCUCAUCGACCAUCAAGCGCUCUCGAUAAUCAUCCCCGGGCCCUACGGAGAACCUCGCGAUAUUCUUCCCGACGACCCGGUUCGGUAGAUGCAUCAGGACGCCCUUUUCAAAUAGAGCAGACGAUCCCAGUAAUCGUCCGACCGGCCUCCGAACGCUCUCGUGAGGCAGCAGCGCCACGCUUACCUCCAUCGGACAUAAGAACAGAGGGCGACGAUAGCGAUUCCACGCUCGACGAUAAUCUUCAGCCUGGAAACAGUGAAUAUUGGCCUCGCAGGUCCACACGCGUCUCCCCUCACACAGCAUCUGCGGUCCUCUGGACGCUAGAGGAGGCCAUUCGCAAGCCGUUUCCAUUUACACUCGACUGGGACGAAGUGAAUGCUUCCAUGUCGGACCUAGCAGGUGGCCCCGGUAUGUCCGGGCUUGGAAGUAAUGGCCGGAGUCAAAAUGGAGCUUCUAGGGCUGCCCAAGGCCCAAUUCCCGUCAACCCGCACCCGGCUAGCGGCGUGCGUACGCCGACGGACAUAAUGCGGCAACGUCGGGACAGGGAAGCUCGUAAGAAAGCGGAACAAGAAGCAAAGGAUCGGGAGCAGGAGGAAGCUGAGCGCAGGCGGCUACAGCAGGAGCAAGCCAAGGCUCAAGCUGCGCAGCCCUACCCUGCUGGCGUUGCUGGCGAAAGACCCACGCAGCGGAGAGCUGCACCAAGAGUCCCAGCGGGUAAUGCCCCUGGGACGACGCAGGCCCCCGCCACUGCAGCCCAAUCCAGGCAGCCCGCUCCUACGUUUGCGUCGCAGCAAGCACCUCAGUCGGGACCACAGCAAACUUCUCAGGCGAAGCUGGCCUCUCAGCAACAAGUCCCUACAGCUACAUCUCAGCAACCGCAACAGCCCCGACGUGCUGGUUUUCCUCAUGCGUUUGAACGGUGGGAGACCCUUUCGUCUCAUUGGGAAGGAUUGACUAGCUACUGGAUCCGCAAGCUUGAGCAAAAUAAUGAGGCACUUGAGCGGGAUCCUCUCAGCCAACAGAUGGCCCGCCAAGUGACCGAUCUCAGCGCCGCUGGUGCCAAUCUCUUCCAUGCUGUUGUAGAGUUGCAACGCUUGCGCGCGUCAUCCGAGCGAAAGUUUCAGCGAUGGUUCUUUGACACGCGGGCGGAGCAAGAGCGGUCCAAAGAGCUGCAGGCUGAGCUUGAGAGGCAGAUUCAAUCUGAACGACAAGCCCGCACAGAAGCAAUGGCAGCGGCACAGAAGGCAGAGAGUGACAAGUCUCGUAUCGAAGAGCUGCUAAAGGAGAUGCGCCGCGAACUUCAGAUCUCAAAGGAGGAAGCUCGCCGUGCCUGGGAGGAACUAGGCCGCCGCGAACAAGAAGAACGGGAUCGUACGAAUUCCCUCCGUAACGGGGAGCCCACUCUGGUCGGCGGAGUGCAGGUGGUUCCGAUGAUCGCAGGACUCCCUCGCCGGGAUCCCGCUCGGCCUCCAACUAGAGACGGCCCUUACAGCGGAGCUGAAAGGAAGCCAAGGGAGGAAAUGUAUGGUGAUAUUCCGAUUUCGCCUGUCGGAACCGAUCCUUUCAUUGAAGGGCAGUCUGGAGUUCAAGAGGCGACUCCUGUCACUGGCUCCCAGAGCCAAGGACAUUACGCCAGCUAUUAUGAGCCAGAGAGCACCUACCCUCCACGCACCACUGCCGGACAUGAAGCCAGCAUGGGCAGCAGCGAGCCUGGCGAUGACUAUGGUUACCAGCAAACCUCGCAAAGCCGCCAGAUGGCCUACCCCCGGUCAGAAGAGAGCGACGAGUAUGAGCAAGCGUCGCUCGAGGAUAGUGAAGGCGGCUAUGCGACAAGUACUAUGCCUCCGACGUCUGGGCCAAUGUACGCUGGUUACGACCAGUCAGUCGACUACAGCGGAGCCAGCUGGGGCGUCGGGACCGGCUGGGAAUCUGUCACUCCCCGCCAUCGCCAUCCGACGCGCCUUAGCGAUGUCCUGGAAGAGGAGGAGCCCCGGACGACCCCCAGCCGAGCUAGCCGUGCCAGCCAGGCGAGCAGGAGUGUUCAAUGA